ACUCCCGAGUCUUCCGUCCUUGGACCCCGGUUUUCUUCCCCAUCAGUCUCUGUCGAGAACUGUAAGAUUACUACGCGUUCAUUUUCUUGGGAAUUCUUCAAAAGAAAACAAGUAGAAGAAGAUUGAAGAUCAAUGCCCAUAUCCCAGUCUGUCACUAGUCCUGUUGCCGAUGAUCCUUCCCAGAUCAAUCCCCAAACUGUGAGACCGACGGAAGUAUCUGCAAAUCCAGGUCCAACUAUAAGGCACCCAGAUCUGUCCCUUCAAAUACCUCCAAGACCACUAGGUUUUGGAAGUAGCCGCAGUGGAAAGGGUUUGCUCCAGUCUCGGGAUGCCUUCACUGGUAGUGCUUCACCAAGGGGCUUUCUUCGAGGUUUAAGUUUCAAGAAGAAGGUCAAUGCAUCCAAUGGUGAAAAAAGCUCUCUUCUCUCUUCAGACAAUAAGACAGCUCCUGAGAGUCCUGCUUCGGCCAAUUUUGCAUCUACCUGGAAUAGAUGUACCUCUCUUCCUGUUACACCUGCAUCAAACCUGUCCCCUUCUGCUUCCACACCUAUUUCAGCAAGGACUUACUGCGAGGGGAUCAAAUCAAACAUGGGAUUGGUUCAGGCCCCAGUUUCAAGGUCCCUCACUAUCCCUGGGAGAAAUAUUGUUAUUGUAAGAUCAAUAUCUUUUGCUCCCUGUAAAGAGGAUGUUCAACCAGAUAACAAUGACGAUCAAAUAACUCCUGCUCCUGAGGAAGAUGAUGAUAAAGAGAUUCCAGAAGAGGAAGCAGUAUGCAGGAUCUGUUUUGAUGUUUGUGAAGAAGGAAAUACACUAAAGAUGGAAUGCAGUUGUAAAGGUGCCCUCAGACUUAUUCACGAAGAAUGUGCAGUAAAGUGGUUUAGCACAAAAGGGAACAAGAACUGUGAUGUCUGUGGGCAAGAGGUUUUGAAUUUACCAGUAACCUUGCUUCGAGUUCCAAGUUCAACUCAAAGAUAUAGCAGGCAGGAGCAGCUUAAUCAAUCGGGUAGGAGUGCACGAACUAUAAGUGCCUGGCAAGACUUCGUGGUGCUUGUCUUGAUUAGCACAAUAUGCUACUUCUUCUUUAUCGAACAGCUGCUGAUUCAUGACAUGAAAACACGAGCGAUUGUGAUUGCCGCACCAUUCUCCUUUACUUUGGGCCUUUUGGCGUCAAUAUUCGCCGUCCUCUUUGCAAUCAAGGAGUACAUAUGGACUUUUGCAGCUCUUGAAUUUGCACUUGUGGCUAUAAUUCUCCAUCUAUUCUACUCUUUGCUUCAUUUUAAGGCAGUUUAUGCAAUAUUGUUAUCAUCACUUACGGGUUUUGCUGUAGCAAUGGGCCUCAACUCUCUUUACAUCCAGUACUUCUCCUGGCGAGUUCAAGUUUCCCAAAGCUCUAAUCUUGUGUAAAUUCUCCUCAAGCAUGUCAGCAGGGCUUUCUAGUCCAAGAGAUCUGUAUGGCUGGGCAUUGGUGUAAAUUUCAUUUUCCAUCGAGAGAAUAAAUGAGGGAACAAAAAAUUUUUAUUGCUCCAAAUUCAAUUCCAACUCUUCUUCGGCUUGCUGGUUGA